AUGAAGAGACAAGGGUGUGUGUUUCUAUUCUUCGUACUUAUUUUUGCGUUCAUUGGUGUCGAGGUGACGGCAACAGGGUUGCCGCCUGAGUCGGCACCACUGAUCCGCCAAUACUACAAGGUGCACAACACAUGUGCUAAUGUCGAACGUUUUGUUCGGUUCCAAGUGAAGAGUUUUUGGGACAAGGACCGGACCAUAACUCCGAAGCUCGUUAAGUUGUUAUACGCCGAUUGCAUGGUCAAUGGAUGCGAUGCAUCGAUUCUGUUAAAUGGCAAUAACACGGAGAAAGCGUCACCAAAGAACCGAGGACUCGCAGGAUUCGCUUUUAUCGACAUAGUGAAGAGAGUUGUCGAAUCAAGGUGCCCCGGAGCAGUCUCUUGUGCUGAUAUUCUCAACAUUGCCGUUAGAGAUGCAAUUUACUUCUCCGGAGGUCCAUCGUACCCGGUUUUCUUGGGAAGGAGAGACGGGCUGAAAUCGGAGGCUUCGUGGGUCGACCUCCCCUCACCGUCCAUCUCGUGGGAAUCCGCUCUCGCUUAUUUCACUUCUAAAGGUCUAAACGUGCAAGACAUGGUUACGCUGCUCGGAGGACAUAUGAUGGGGAGAACUCGUUGCAGUAACGUCCAUGACCGACUGUACAAUUUCAAGAACACCGGGAAACCGGACCCGAGCAUGGAAUCAACAACAUUGAGUUACUUGCAACAGCAAUGUCCGAAGAAGGUGAGGUUGGGACAGCCCAACCCUCUUAUAAACCUGAACCCGGAAAACCCGACACACAACUUUACAAAUUCCUACUACAAAAGAGUGUUGGCGAACAAAGCGGUUCUAGGGGUCGACCAACAACUCCGCUACGGUGGUGACACCUAUGAACUAACCGAUCAAUUCGCCGAUAGCCUCGGAGACUUGAAGGGUGAAUUCGCUUUCUCGAUGAGCAGGAUGGGAGGGCUCAAGGUUCUCACCGGAACCAAAGGCCAGAUAAGAAGGGAUUGCCGCGUCGUUAACAAAUAG